CUUCAGCUGAUACGACUGUGAAAAGAUGGGAUUUAUCAACUGGAAAACCAGAUACCACUUUUAAACAUCCAGAUUUCGUCAAGUGUAUUUCACUUUUUGGUCCAUAUGUUAUUACCGGCUCACGCGAUGAGAUAAUUAGAGUUUUUGAUAUUGGGAGUGAAAAAUUGAUAAAUGCAAUUGAGGGUCACUUUGAUGAAAUAGGAUGUAUGUGUAUUAAAGGAACCACUUUAUACACCGGAUCUUUAGAUUGUACAAUAAGAAAAUGGUCUCUUCAUGUUUUAACAAAAGAAGUUACUGGUAUAUUACUUACUGAAGAAGAAGAGAAAGAACUUGCAGAAUUAAUGGAAAGUGAUGAAUAA